GGAGGAGGAGGAGGAGGAGGAGGAGGAGGAGGAGGAGGAGGAGGAGGAGGAGGAGGAGGAGGAGGAGGAGGAGGAGGAGGAGGAGGAGGAGGAGGAGGAGGAGGAGGAGGAGGAGGAGGAGGAGGAGGAGGAGGAGGAGGAGGAGGAGGAGGAGGAGGAGGAGGAGGAGGAGGAGGAGGAGGAGGAGGAGGAGGAGGAGGAGGAGGAGGAGGAGGAGGAGGAGGAGGAGGAGGAGGAGGAGGAGGAGGAGGAGGAGGAGGAGGAGGAGGAGGAGGAGGAGGAGGAGGAGGAGGAGGAGGAGGAGGAGGAGGAGGAGGAGGAGGAGGAGGAGGAGGAGGAGGAGGAGGAGGAGGAGGAGGAGGAGGAGGAGGAGGAGGAGGAGGAGGAGGAGGAGGAGGAGGAGGAGGAGGAGGAGGAGGAGGAGGAGGAGGAGGAGGAGGAGGAGGAGGAGGAGGAGGAGGAGGAGGAGGAGGAGGAGGAGGAGGAGGAGGAGGAGGAGGAGGAGGAGGAGGAGGAGGAGGAGGAGGAGGAGGAGGAGGAGGAGGAGGAGGAGGAGGAGGAGGAGGAGGAGGAGGAGGAGGAGGAGGAGGAGGAGGAGGAGGAGGAGGAGGAGGAGGAGGAGGAGGAGGAGGAGGAGGAGGAGGAGGAGGAGGAGGAGGAGGAGGAGGAGGAGGAGGAGGAGGAGGAGGAGGAGGAGGAGGAGGAGGAGGAGGAGGAGGAGGAGGAGGAGGAGGAGGAGGAGGAGGAGGAGGAGGAGGAGGAGGAGGAGGAGGAGGAGGAGGAGGAGGAGGAGGAGGAGGAGGAGGAGGAGGAGGAGGAGGAGGAGGAGGAGGAGGAGGAGGAGGAGGAGGAGGAGGAGGAGGAGGAGGAGGAGGAGGAGGAGGAGGAGGAGGAGGAGGAGGAGGAGGAGGAGGAGGAGGAGGAGGAGGAGGAGGAGGAGGAGGAGGAGGAGGAGGAGGAGGAGGAGGAGGAGGAGGAGGAGGAGGAGGAGGAGGAGGAGGAGGAGGAGGAGGAGGAGGAGGAGGAGGAGGAGGAGGAGGAGGAGGAGGAGGAGGAGGAGGAGGAGGAGGAGGAGGAGGAGGAGGAGGAGGAGGAGGAGGAGGAGGAGGAGGAGGAGGAGGAGGAGGAGGAGGAGGAGGAGGAGGAGGAGGAGGAGGAGGAGGAGGAGGAGGAGGAGGAGGAGGAGGAGGAGGAGGAGGAGGAGGAGGAGGAGGAGGAGGAGGAGGAGGAGGAGGAGGAGGAGGAGGAGGAGGAGGAGGAGGAGGAGGAGGAGGAGGAGGAGGAGGAGGAGGAGGAGGAGGAGGAGGAGGAGGAGGAGGAGGAGGAGGAGGAGGAGGAGGAGGAGGAGGAGGAGGAGGAGGA